CAAGAAUGACCAAAAAAAGAAAACGCCAAGAUGAUUUCCAAAACGUAAAACUAUACACUGGCAAAAAGAAGCCCAAGAUAGAAAAUGCUACUGCAACAAACUUUAAAACAAAGACGAUACAUCUGCCUGAGCAACAAGAGGAUGGAACACUUCCAACAAACACUAGAAAACUUAACAUAAAGGAUUUGCUGUCACAGAUGCAUCACUACAAUGCUGGGGUUAAACAAAGUGCUCUUCUUGGACUUAAAGACCUUUUGUCUCAGUACCCAUUUAUAAUUGAUGCACACCUUUCAAACAUAUUAAGUGAAGUGACUGCUGUGUUUACAGAUAAAGAUGCUAAUGUACGAUUAGCAGCAGUUCAGCUUCUUCAAUUCCUGGCCCCCAAAAUACGAGCUGAACAAAUUUCUCCAUUUUUUCCUUUG